CGCCAAACGCCACAGCCAGGCUCGCCUCAAGGAUCUCAACGUGUUUCCUUGAAGAAGCAGCUUGUGUAGAGGCGGAGGCGGAGGCGCGGGCGCCCACUACGCAGGAAGCAAAAGACCCGCGCUCUUGACUCUCUUCGACAGGUUUGGGAGCAAAUCGGGAGCAUUUUAACGCCCUGCCCAGUCUUGGUUUUUCCCGUGCGGUUGUCCGAAGGGUCCGGAGGGGGGGGAAACGGCCCCUUUGCGGACCGCAUUGAUUUCCUGGCGAAGAGAAGUCGUACCGCACGUGGGAAAGGGCGCGCUUUGGGUGUUUUUAACGACCUGGCGUUUGGGGAAGCUGAGGCCCUGACCCGGCGCCCGCCAAUUGUGAGAUCUGACUGACUUGAGAUCGGACUUGAUUCAAACCCAGCCUGCCCGCUGCUUCCUAGGAGAACAUCUAGGAGCCCGAGUCUCAUCGACAGGUGGACGGUUCGGACAUCCAGCGAAGGAAGCUGCUCCGCGCUCUGUGGAGACGAGGCUGCCUCUAUCCUCUGUGGGACUUGGCCGUAGGGGGGAGCGGCAUUGUGGUCCGCGCUUUGCCCUCUUGCCCCUUCUUGAGCCUGGGAAAUACUUGGAAGGGCGCCUGGGCUUGUAUCUGCCCGCUUCGGGAGCUGCGGAACCCUACCCGCCGCCACGGACUCCGCUGCCGUCUGCCUCGAGGGGGCGCGAGGAGAAUGAGCCGUUGAAGGGAGCUGGGAAUAGGGCGGACCUCCGGGCGGGCAGAGAGAGGGAUGGCUUGUCGCGGUCUCUGCUCCUGUUCUUCGCCCAGUUUUCGCCUCACCGAAGACACCACCCGGUUACUGCUCCUGGCCGUUCUGACAGUUCUGUACAUGAUUUGCGGAGCUGCCAUCUUCACCGUUAUAGAGCACCCCUCCGAGGUGGAAGCCUUUCAGAAGUGGCAGAUAAAAAUUGAAAACUUCUCCCAGAAGUACAACCUGCCUUUGGCGGAGCUGAGGGGUUUUCUGUUUGAGUACGAGGCCGCCUAUCGGCUUGGUAUCCGGAUCAACGUGACUCGGCCCCACUGGGACUUAGUGGGGUCCUUUUAUUUUGUAGGCACCGUUUUUUCUACUGUAGGAUUUGGCAGAACUACACCAACUACCAGAACAGGCAAACUUUUUCUGAUAUUUUAUGGCCUUAUUGGCUGUGCAGCGACCAUCUUGUUCUUCAACUUAUUCCUGGAGCGCCUGAUCACAGUCAUAGGAAGUGUUAUGAAGACUUACCAUAAGAGGAAGCUAAAACGAAAACUUCCUAAAGAUGUCCAGCAGGCUGGGAUUGAUGAAGUAGACAACUUAGCUGGAUGGAAGCCCUCUGUGUAUCAUGUCAUGCUUAUCUUGUGUUUGGUAUCAGUCAUUGUUUCCUGUAGUGCCUCUGCUAUGUUCUCGGCAACAGAAGGAUGGAGUUACUCUGAUUCCCUUUAUUAUUGCUUUGUGGCCUUCAGUACUAUUGGUUUUGGUGACAUGUUGAGUGGUUGGAAUCCAUACUACAGAUAUCAACACCUAUAUCGGUUUGGCAACAGUGUUGUUAUACUCAUAGGAAUAUGUUUUAUCUAUUCUUUAUUUAAUGUGAUCGCCAUUGUUAUCAAACAGUUCUUAAACUGGAUAUUAAAGAAAAUGGGCAGCACAUGUCGUAAGUGCCGAAGAAAACUCUUGAGAUCACAGAAAAAUGUUGUGAUGCCAGGGACUGUGUGGAGACAGCGCAACGUAUCAAUUGAAUCAGAUGGUGUCCUUGACAGUGAGUCAGAAGGACGCAGAGUAUCUGGUGAAAUGUCCAUGAAAGACCUCUUAGCUGCUAACAAAGUAUCACUUGCUGCCAUCCAAAAACAAUUGGCUGAAAUUCCUCAUCACAGACCACCAGUGCCAAAUGGAUUUGCAGGUGGAGUAGGUGCUUUGGGAAUUGUGAGCAAUAGGGUGGCAGAGACAAGAACUGAUAGGUAAACAUUAACACUGGAAUAUGUCAGUAAGUAUAAGAAGAUAAAGAUCAAAUCACAAAGACAGCUAACUGAACAAGUUGAUUUUCAGAAAGACAAGCCCUAGUUUUGUUGCUGGCAGUUAGUUAUGUGUUGCAUUUUGCACAUAAUGGUCUGUUCUUGCUCAAUAGCCCCUGCUGAAGACGAUUCAAUGGUAUCAUUUCAUGUAGCCACAUUUAAAAGUUUCAGCAGUAUGUGUCAAAAGCAUGAGAAAGUAAACAAAACACCCAAUAGACUAAA